AGCGUGAGGUUUCUGCGCACCUGUUGGUGAUGUACAUGUUAGCUCACGAACCUUUAGCGUUCAUUUCUUUUCACACUUUCGUCUUUUCUUUUCUUCUUUUUAUCACUUCCACGUUUACGGUGCAUUAUCUUAUUACACAGGUGUAUUUUGUAUAACCGUUUGUUUGUCCUCGUUCAAUGAAAAUAUGAACCAAGCUGACCUUCGGAGACUUUUCGCGGCUUGUGAUGGGAAUAAAUCGGGAAGAGUCGAAUACGAGGACUUCACCACUGUUUGCCGAGAGCUUAAUGUUCCUGCCGACGAGAUCAGGACAUUAUUCAACAAGUUUGAUCUGGACGGAGAUGGAUAUAUUAACUUUAACGACUUUUCGUCGAGCUUUCACGAAGUUUCGGAAGCCCUCAAUUUGGCUUUGUUGGGAAACAGUUUGCAGAGUCAGAGAAGCGCUUGGGAUGAGUUUGAAAACACGUUAGACGGAGAUGUGGCCUUUUAUUUGGGAAGACAAUGGGAUGAAUUGAGGGAGUUGUACGAACAGAUCCACUCCACCACAGAUGAGCUGUUAUUGCAGCGAUAUGAGGAUCUCAUCAAGGCUCUUGUAGCUGAGAGCAAAGAGCACAGGAUGGAGAUUGAACAACUCGAGACUAGUCUACGAAGGACAGAGGAACUGGCCAGCAGUCAGUUGGCAGAGAUGGAGGAGGACUUGCAGCAGCAACUGGCCCGCACAGAAGAAAUGGUCAGAGAAGAGGAGCAAAAGAAAUUGGACGAAUCCAUUGCUAUGCUCCAAAUCAAGCAUGAAAAUGAACUGGCAGACCUGCAAACAACGAUAGAAAGGCUCUCAAAACAAUAUCAAGAGGAGUCAAAAUUAAACAGCCCCAGGGAAGAUGCCAUCAAACUGAGAGCACAUAUUAAAGAUCUGAUGCAGGAAAACGAGGAGCUGAGGAGUUCUCUUAUGAAAGCCCAGAUAAACGUCUCUGUUCUCCAGGUUGAGUUGGACAGGUUGAAGAAUGCUUUCACUGACCAGAAACUCCAACACGAGAGAGAAAGUGAUGACCUUAAGAAGAUGGUGAUGGAGUACCAGUCUUAUUCCAGCCAAAUAGAAUUUCUCCAGGAAAUGAACAAAACGUUGUAUGACAGCAAUGAUGGGUUACGCUCUGCACUGAGCCAGGAUAAUGGCUCUUCAAAAAGACGGCUUUCACCAAAAACUGAAGUAUCUGUACCUCCUAGAAAGAUGAAACCACUUCGACAGAGUACAAUGAAUCAGAGCGGUUUUACUAAUGAAGAGGACAUGAUGGCCCUGGUGAAGUGCUGGGCUGAUAAGUAUUUGGAUAGUGGGGUUUCUGUUCAGAGAGACGCCGAGCCGAUGUCAGGCAGCGAUUAUGACAGUGAUGACAGCCAUAAUUCAGAAGAGACCGCACAUCAUAGUUACUCUUGUAUUCCAUCUGAGCUGGAGGUGUCAGAGACGAAGUCUGAAGCUUUGGGAUCUGUAGCUCGUAGCACAGUUGGCUCAAUAUCCUCCUCACUUCGGCGGCGGUUGUCUGCUUUUCCUGUCAAGCAAACUGAAGAAGACUUGCAUGACACUGAAGAUCUUGCUCCAGUGUACCGUCUGGUGUUGGCUGGGGAUGCUGGGUCGGGAAAAUCCAGCUUUUUACUACGGUUGAGUCUCAAUGAAUUUAGAGGAGAUAUACAAACCACUCUUGGUGUGGAUUUUCAAAUCAAGAAGAUGCUUGUAGAUGGAGAGAAAACAAACCUUCAGAUCUGGGACACUGCUGGACAGGAAAGGUUCCGCAGCAUCGCCAGGUCAUAUUUUCGCAAAGCACAUGGAGUGCUACUGCUAUACGAUGUCACGUCUGAGAGCAGUUUCUUGAAUGUUCGUGAAUGGGUGGAACAGAUUCGGGAGUCAACGGAUGAGGACAUCCCAAUGUGUGUAAUAGGGAACAAGGUGGAUUUGAGGGCAGAGAGGCCCGAGGGAAGCUGUGUGAGCGCGUUCCAUGGUGAAAAGCUUGCGAUGGCUUAUAAUGCCCUGUUCUGCGAAGCAAGUGCUAAAGAAGGGACAAAUGUCAUCGAGGCAGUUUUACAUUUAGCAAGGGAAGUCAAGAAACAUGCAAAACUGGGGCGAAGAUCAGAGUCACGGGUUAAGCUGAGUCUUCAUAAACGGAAGAAGACGCUGAGCAACUGCUGUGGAGUCUAAGUCAUGUAGCCAUCUGGUUUAAUUGUGAUUUUUAUGGUUUUAAAAAUAACUCCAGUCCUGUACUUUGAGAGAAAUGUUAAUGGUUUUUAGCACUUAAGCAGUUUUUAGGCAUGGAUGCGUCCCUCGUGUUUCUAGGCACACUGAACAAAUGUGUACUUGUACAUUUGCCUAUUAAUGAUCAAAUUCACUUCAGUGUUUAUUUAAAUACUUUUAUGUCAAUUUAAUUACUGUUGUGUUUGAAGGAUGUUUAUGUAAAUGUUUCUAACUGUUAAAUAAAAGUUUUAGAUCUGA